AUGUUGGACCGGUCCAGGAUAUUGAAAAUAAAUAGUAGAAACAGCGAAGAAAUCAGAUGCAGAUCGAUCUUGCGCACCACUGCCGGCAGUCAGCAUCACACGAUUACCCCAGUAGUAUGGAACCACUGUGUAUUCUUACGGCGCUUCUCCAGGGCCCGUUCUUCCUCCGGAGUCAACCCCUCGAACGAUUCAUCCACCAAGUCCAAUGGCUUCCCAGUGGACUCGACAUGGCGAGAUGAUGCUUUGUUGUCAAUCUCUGCCAUGCUGUCAGAUGAUGUUGGUAUGUACUGCCGGGGCUACAACAGCCGAUAUCGGAACAGUAUCAAGGGCCAAGGCCACCAGGGGUGGCUAAGAACGAAAAUUGAUUUUGGGGUAAAGAUGGGCAGAUUGUAA